AGAAUAAAGCAAAAAUGCCAUUUUCCAGUCGAUGUGUAAACUAGGUGUACCAUCCAGAGUAAUAUCUAGCAUGCCUAUAGUAUCACUCUUGACUUCAAUAUCCCUUAUCGCAAUAUCGCAAUUCGUUUUAGUAUCGGCGGUAAUCACACAGGAUAACCAGAAUGACAUCACUGUGACCGGUCUUGUCAUUAUCAAUGAUAAGACAUUCAGGGCAACAUGCAACUGCCCAGCAAAUGUGAACUCACUGGAGAACAUGAUAUACUUAAGCAGAGGGCUGUGUUACCCUUCCAAGAUGAAAGUGAGAACGCAUGGUAAUCUGGACCAUGAGGAGUACGACAGCGUCCUGAAGGAAAUGAGAAUUAUUCCGCAUGAAGAUUUUAGGAGCGUGGAUGAAGUGUCACUUUCCGCCAUGGACCCUAGAGUCAAGGGCAAGGCUAUGUAUGCGCCAGGUGGCGACCUUGGGCUGUUCACUAUAGCUAUGAUGGUUGUAUACGAGAGCAGGGGAACGCCCACACAGAUGACGGUUACCAACCUUCUCAAGCAGUUUGUAAGGCAGCUGCCGGCAAACAGGCAGUUCAGGCAUGCCACUGACGAGCACGCCAUAGAACUUCUAAAGCAAGCUAUGAAUUGGGAAGUAAUAGAUCUACACAACGUGGAGAAGCAGUACCAACAGAAAAUGAAGGACGCAAUUGCUGAUGGCGCUAUGGGUGACCCCUUCUUCGUUUACAUGAUGCGCAAGUUCAACAACGACCCAACUAAGAAGAAAAUAGUAGUGCUCUGCGUCCACGCAUUCCUGGAGGUUCUUUGGGACAAGACGGACAGCAUAUGGGAGCGCAUGGUUAUCCAGAUGCUGGAGGGUGACGCCAAGCCAACGUCGCUAGUGGAGCUAUCGGUAUCAAAAGGCUGUGAACUUGCCAAAAUGGCCCCUCUUGUUAAAACACAGGCUGGGAGCAUACCGCUGUUGAUAUACACUGAAUUUGCGGCUAAUGUACGAAAGAGGGAAAUGGCAGCUUUUAUCUAUAGCCAGCAAGAUCCCACAUACCGUACGGUAGCUGUGGACGAUCUCCUGUCUCACGUUGACAAACUAACACACACGCUCAUGGAAGGUUUUGCUAUGCAACAGUUAGGGAAAGUGAGGUACUAUAACCUUACUUACGUUUAAUCGAGUUCACUUACUUCCGCUUGGUGCAAUAGCGGUGUCGGCGUAAUAUGACACCUAGUAUGUUAUGGAUUGGACGAAUAUGUGCCUCCAUCCAUGAAAUGGGCUCAACAGCAUAGCCCAACUUGCGUAGUAUCCUA